UAUUGUAAAUCUUAAAUACUGGGGAAGAUGUGAGCCCAUAAUUUCAAGAACUCUUCAGUUACUAUGUGACCUUUCUGAGAUAUUUUUUUUAUUGUAUAUGCCUGUGAAAAUAAAGGCUGUGAAAUUCAUGCUUCAGAAUCACACAAGUGAACACUUCCCUUUCUUGAGUGUCAGUGACCUCAGGUGAUGGACAGUGUUCUUCACUGCUCUCACUCAUCUUCUCAUGUUAGACUUAGGUGAAAAUGAGGAUGAGUUUGAGAAUUUCAUGCUUCCCCUCGCCAUUUCCUUUGAAAGCGUGACUCAGAUACUCAACAGUAGUUCUGAAGAAGAAGCAGCAAAGCGUAUGUUGAUCGGGCUGGCAAGGGAUCUUCGAGGGAUUGCCCUUGCACUGAACACAAAGACCAGCUACACCAUGCUGUUUGACUGGAUAUACCCUACCUACCUUUCUGUUCUGCAAAGAGGUAUCAAACUGUGGCACCGUGACCCUGCGUGCACAACCUCGAUCUUGAAGCUGAUGGCAGAAUUAACACAAAACAGAUCACAGCGUUCAAAUUUCAAUGUAUCGUCUGCAAAUGGAAUUCUUCUCUUCAGAGAAGCUAGUAAAAUGAUUUGUACGUAUGGUAAUCAGAUCUUCUCUCUUGGGACUUUGUCAAAAGAUGAGGUUUAUCCGUUGAAACUCACAGACAUUUCCAUCUGUUACUCUGCACUUCAAUCUGCCUUAUGUGGAAAUUAUGUCAACUUUGGUGUCUUCGAGUUGUAUAGGGACAACCACUUGGAUAAUGUACUUCAGGCCUUUGUCAAAAUGCUGCUUUCAGUAUCCCACAGUGACUUGCUACAAUAUCAAAAACUAAGGCGGUCUUAUUACCCGCUUUUGGAGAGUCUGACCCGACAUCAUAUGAGUUUCAUUAUCAGUUUAGAACCUCACGUCCUAAUCUAUAUUAUUGCCUCAGUAUCUGAAGGACUUACUGCAGUGGAUACAAUUGUGAUCUACAACUGUUGCACUAGUUUGGACUACAUUGUAACCUACCUCUUCAAGCGCCUCACUAGAGAACACAAGAGUAGACUAAAAUGUAGGGAGAUUUCACAGGAUGGACAGAGAUUUCUUCAUUUCAUGCAGCAGAUCUCAGAAGCUCUACAGCAG